GCAUCGCAUUUGCUGUGUCGAGGUUCGGCUUGCCCGCCUACAUCAUCAUCAGCUCUCUCCUUCCCCCUCGCACCAGCGUUGCCUUUCUCGCUGCGACGCGUGACGUGCUCCGAGUUCGUCUCACCUGGUCCUUAGCAAGGUCCUCAACCGUUCAACAUGUCUCACUACACACCACCAGGCUCGGCGAACGAGGACAUGGCCGGCCGCUCUGGAGUGAUCUUCACGCUUGGAGGUCCUGUACUCCAGAUGCAAGAUGCCGUCGUCGAAACCGUCGUUACCCAUACACGCCGCACUACGACUUCAUUUGCGCCUAUUCCACUCCCCCGCGUCCCCGUCCCCGAGUCCGUCCCCAUGCCCUCCCACCUCACGUGGGAAGAAGGGUAUCCGCUCGCAUCAGAGCCGACUCCAGAAGAUCUCAGGUUGAUUGAACUAAAACUCGGUGACCGCAAAGUCAUCCUUCAGGAGGAUGGCCAUGUGUUGCCGGCACACCAGGUGCUCCAGAAGACUCUCAGCGGACCAGGCUGGACGCGCGAACUAUCAUCGGCGCGCUCCGAACCGGAACGCGUUGAGUGUAUAGACCAUCCGGUCGAGAUGGGCUUCACGGAAUACGUCACAGCCAAGGGGAAGGAGAAAGAGACGUCUGGCUACAAGCGCCCCCACGUCUCGAGCACGCCCCUGCGUAUCGACUCGGCAGUGGCGCGCCCGCGCUCGCCGCCACGCAAAAAGAUCCGACCUAGCGAACGCAUGAUGCUCGACGAUGGCGUGCCUGUAUCACCGCCUUCCUCGCCGGACGACGACGGGAGGAUCAAGGCAGAGUCGCCUCAGAUCGGCUCGGGUCUUGAGAUCGCCGCGCUAUUCUCCCUCCCAGCCCUCCUCACCCACUUCGAGAAGCUGCCCGAUAAAGUCCAGCAGCACGUGCUCAUGCACAUGUUCCGAAGGUCGCGCAUGCCCACGAUUCAAGCUAUCUCCGCAUUCGCAUCGACUGCGCUCAAGCGUGACUUUAUUACACUCCUGCCCCGUGAGAUUGCAGUGCAGGUGCUUCAGAAGCUCGAUGUCAAGAGCCUCGCAGGGGUCGCCACCGUGAGCAAAGCAUGGCACAAGAUGAUCGAUCAGGAGCGCUCCGUUUGGCGGUCUCGUCUUGUCGAGGACGGACUGUGGUGCGGCCAUGGCGUUGAGGAUGAAGAGGAGCAGAGCAUUCGCCGACGAUACGAAGCACUCGAUCGCAAAGGCGGCGGCUUGCGACCGCGCGUGUCCAAGGCCGGGACGCCUAACGAGGACGAAUUUGUGUCCGUCGAUCGCCUUCGGAUCUUUGAUCGCGCCUCGCCAACGCAUCGAGUUGAGCACCCAACCUCUCUCAAGCAUGUCUACCGUAGGCGAUUCACCAGCAGUCGCAACUGGCUUCAUACGACGCCUCACCACACAUCUUUUGCAGGCCACGGCACCAAUGUUGUCACGUGUGUCCAAUUCGACGAGGAUAAGAUUGUCUCAGCGUCCGACGACCACUCGAUCAACAUCUACGACACGGCAACGGGCGCGCUGCGGAAGCGCCUGGACGGACAUGAGGGUGGGGUAUGGGCCCUGGAAUAUAAAGGCGACACGCUGGUCUCGGGCUCGACUGAUCGUUCUGUCCGAAUCUGGGACCUCGAGGGCCUCACGCAGACUCACACGUUCGUAGGUCACACCUCGACCGUGCGCUGCCUUCAAAUCGUUGAGCCCGUGUUCGACGAAGCGACUGGCGAGUUCCAGCCGCCGUACCCCCUCAUCAUCACUGGAUCACGCGAUGCCUCGCUGCGCGUUUGGAAGUUACCCAAGAAGGGAGAGCCGGCGUACUUUGGUACUGGGGAUAACAGCCAGCCCCCGCCUCCUGACGAGAACCCUUUCCACGUCCAUCAUCUUGAGGGUCACGGCGAGGCCGUGCGUGCGCUCGCGGCACACGGCAGAAUUUGCGUUUCUGGUUCGUACGACAAAACCGUGCGAGUGUGGGACAUUGUGAAAGGAACUUGUAUCCAUGAGCUGCAUGGCCACGAGGCCAAAGUAUAUUCGAUCGUUUAUGACAAGUUCCGCAACCGAUGCGCUUCUGGAUCCAUGGACAACACGGUCAAGAUCUGGGACUUAACGAGCGGUGAUUGUCUGAGGACGUUGACUGGCCAUACGUCACUUGUGGGCUUGCUGGGCCUGUCUCCCAACCGCAUCGUCUCCGCUGCAGCGGACGCUUCUUUGAGAGUAUGGGACGCCAACUCGUACGAGCUCAAGCACACUCUUUCCUCGCACGCCGCGGCGAUCACCUGCUUCCAACACGACGAGACGAAGGUCGUGUCGGGCAGUGAUGGCACACUCAAGCUCUGGGACAUUAAGACGGGCCGUUUCAUCUGCGACUUGAUCACCGGCAUUUCAUCGGUGUGGCAGGUCGCUUUCAAUGGGGAUUUGCUCGUAGCGGCGUCCAACCGCAACGGCAACACAGUGUUCGACGUAUUCGACUUCGGCUACAGCGACAGGGCGAACCGCGCGAGCGUCGACGAUGCUAAGCUGGAUCUACUGCGCCGUGCACCAUGGGAGCGCGGCAACCCGCGUGAACCGCAAACAUAUCAGGUCGAGGAUGAUGAGUGUGACGACGACGUCUUCUGCGUUGGGACGCAGGAUGCUCUUUCGCCUAGAACGCAUGAGAAGUGGCGUGCGAUGAGCGUUCGUUCGCAGCGGCACGUGCAGGCGGCGCACGCACGGCGUGGCCGCUCACGCGUCACAUCGGUAGGAUCUAGUGGGGAGCCGUCCAUCUCGAAACGUUCAACGCGCUUGGGCAUCGCUUUCGGCGACCGCGUGCGAGAGGGCGACCGCCUGUCUGCACAAGAGAUAACCGACCGGCUUGAGCGCCUGGCCAGGGUGCACAGCGAGCCGGGCCCGCGCACACGAAUAGGGACGUGGACGCAUAUGUUCCGACCCGCCGAGGCGAGUGCGAUCAGCGGAGGUCUCGGCAGUGGUAGUGGCACGGCAAGCGCGCAGGGUGAGGUAGAAAGUGAAGACCCGCAAGGGCUAUUCAAGGAAGACGUCAUAAUGGAUGACGACGAAACCAUGGAGUAGAUGUGGGGUUUAGUACUGUCAAGAGUUUGUAGCAACAUAA